AUGGGUAAACGAUCAACUUCCUCUUGCCUCCUCUCAUGUCUCUUUGCAUUGUUUUCGAAUUCAGUCUUAGGAGUCACAAAUGAUCCUCAGGACCAACAGGUGUAUGUCGUUUACAUGGGAUCGCUUCCGUCUAGUGGAGACUACACACCAAUCUCUGUUCACAUGAAUAUUCUGCAAGAGGUGACCGGAGAGAGUUCGAUCGAGGGUCGCUUGGUUGGAAAUUACAAGAGAAGUUUCAACGGAUUUGCGGCUCUCCUCACCGAGUCAGAACGAGAAAGAAUAGCUAAAAUGGAGGGAGUUGUGUCUGUGUUCCCAAACAAGUAUUUCAAACUCCAAACGACGACGUCUUGGGACUUCAUGGGAUUAAAGGAAGGGAAGAGGACGAAGAGGAAUCCAACCGUGGAAAGUGAUACAAUUAUCGGAGUCAUCGACAGUGGGAUCACGCCGGAAUCUCAGAGCUUUUCCGAUAAAGGCUUUGGUCCUCCUCCUAAGAAAUGGAAAGGUGUUUCUUCAGGCUGCAAAAACUUCACAUGCAACAACAAGUUGAUCGGCGCAAGAGACUACACACGACAAAGUGCUAGGGAUUAUGACGGGCAUGGUACACAUACCGCGUCCACAGCGGCUGGAAACGCAGUCGCGGACAUAAGCUUCUUCGGAUUCGGUAAUGGAACGGUAAGAGGUGGUGUUCCGGCCUCUAGAAUCGCAGCUUAUAAAGCCUGCACGGAGCUUUGUAGUUCGGAAGCUAUACUCUCUGCGUUUGAUGAUGCAAUAGCCGACGGUGUGGAUCUCAUCACCAUCUCUAUCGGGGGAGAAACCACAUCAAUGUACGAAAAUGACCCGAUUGCAGUCGGGGCUUUUCACGCUAUGGCCAAGGGGAUUCUCACUGUGAAUUCGGCCGGUAACAGUGGUCCAAAGGCGGGUGUAGUCUCGGGCGUAGCGCCUUGGAUCUUAACUGUUGCAGCUAGCACCACUAACCGUGGAUUUGUCACCAAAGUUGUUCUUGGAAACGGAAAGACACUUGUCGUAAGUAUCAAGAAACGUUCUUAUUUCUAUGAUCAUACUAAUCUUUGUCCCUUUAGUUACCAGUUACGGUUGUUAACAUGGAAAAUCGGAAAUAAAUACCCUCUGGUGUACGGAAAAACAGCUGGUUUCUCUACUUGCGAGGAGGAAUCUGCCAAGGAAUGUGGGGUAGGGUGUCUAGAUAAAUCCCGAGUGGGGGGUAAAAUCGUAUUGUGUCGUCAAACGGAAGACUUUGAUAUAAACGAAGUUCAAUCAACUGGAGCUGUUGCAGCCAUUCUUUUGAGCCCUAAAAACGACUAUGCUUCCAUCAGCCCUUUGCCUUCCUCUUCUCUCUUACAAGAUGACUUUGAGUCUCUUGUCUCUUACAUUAACUCCACAAAGUCCCCGCAAGCGACUAUUCUAAAAACUGAGACAAUAUUUAAUCAGAUAGCUCCAAAAGUUGCUUCCUUCUCUUCUCGCGGUCCAAACACCAUCGCUACUGAUAUUCUCAAGCCAGAUAUAACAGCACCAGGAGUGGAGAUCCUCGCCGCUUAUUCACUUGAGUCUUCACCAUCUCAGAGCGACAGUGACACAAGACGUGUGAAAUACUCUGUUAUCUCCGGAACUUCGGUGUCUUGUCCACACGUAGCAGGCGUGGCCGCGUACGUCAAGACGUUUAAUCCUAAGUGGUCUCCUUCCAUGAUCCAUUCUGCUAUCAUGACAACCGCUGGGCCAAUGAAUGCUACUGGAACUAACUUCGCAUCAACUGAGUUUGCGUAUGGAGCUGGCCAUAUCGACCCGAUAGCCGCUUUAAAUCCUGGACUUGUCUAUGAAUUUGACAAAGCAGACCACAUCGCCUUUCUCUGCAGCUUGAACUACACUGCAAAGAUCCUUACACUAAUAUCCGGUGAAACAGUUAGUUGCACCAAAGAAAAGAAAACCUUACCAAGAAACCUCAACUAUCCAUCAAUGUCAGCUAAACUUUCGGGAUCUAAGAGCACUUUCAAAGUCACUUUCAACAGAACCGUCACGAACGUGGGUACACCCAACUCAACAUACAAAUCAAAAGUUGUCUUAGUUCACGGAUCUAAGCUCAACGUCAAGGUCUCGCCUAGUGUUCUAACUAUGAAGUCGUUAAACGAGAAGCAGUCUUACUCGGUGACUGUUACAGGCAGCGGUCUCGACCCAAAACUACCUUCGUCUGGAAAUCUAAUCUGGUCCGAUGGGACUCAUAAUGUUCGAAGCCCCAUUGUUGUUUAUACUGAUGGUGCUUACUGA